GACUGGAGGGUCCAUCUGGACCAGAUGCAUCAGCACCGAGACGGGAUCAAGACGUCCCUCACCGAGACCAAGGGACACCUGGACAAGCUGCAGGACGACAUUGGCAGGACCCUGGAGAAGGUGGGCAGCAGAGAGAAAUACAUCAACAACCAGCUGGAGCUCCUGAUCCAGGAGUACCGCGGCGCUCAGGCCAAGCUCAGCGAGGCUAAAGAACGCUACCAGCAGGUGAACGGAGGAGUGAUGGAGAGAACCAGAGUCCUGGCUGAG